AUGCCCCGCAAGCACAGCGGAGGAGACGAGGGCAGCUCCGCCGGGCUCUGGAUGAAGAGCAGCCGCGCGGGCAGCGGCAUGAAGGAUGUGGAGUCCGGCCGCAGCAGGGUGCUCAUGAACUCGGCCCCCAGAGGGGACGGCUUGCUCCUGCUGGGCACCGGCAGCGCCAUCGGCCGAGGCGGCUCGCGGGAGACCCGGCGGGGGAAGCAAGGGGGGGCCCGGAUGAGUCUGCUGGGGAAGCCGCUGUCGUACAACAGCAGCCAGAGCUGCCGGAGGAACGUCAAGUACCGGAGGCUGCAAAACUAUCUGUACAACGUACUGGAGAGACCCCGCAGCUGGGCGUUCAUCUACCACGCGUUCGUUUUUCUUCUUGUAUUUGGUUGCUUGAUUUUGUCAGUGUUUUCUACCAUUCCUGAGCACGCAAAACUUGCCUCUCGUUGCCUCUUCAUUCUGGAGUUUGUCAUGAUUGUUGUGUUUGGUUUCGAAUAUAUCAUUCGCAUCUGGUCAGCUGGCUGCUGUUGUCGCUACCGAGGAUGGCAAGGAAGAUUGCGAUUUGCGAGGAAACCAUUCUGUGUAAUAGACACCAUUGUUCUCAUCGCUUCAAUAGCAGUUGUUUCUGCAAAAACUCAGGGUAACAUUUUUGCAACAUCAGCACUGAGAAGUCUUCGUUUCCUACAGAUCCUUCGUAUGGUACGCAUGGACCGAAGAGGAGGGACUUGGAAAUUAUUAGGUUCAGUAGUUUAUGCACAUAGCAAGGAAUUAAUCACAGCCUGGUACAUAGGAUUUUUAGUACUUAUCUUUUCCUCUUUCCUUGUCUAUCUGGUGGAAAAAGAUGCAAAUACCCAGUUUUCUACGUAUGCAGAUGCUCUCUGGUGGGGCACAAUCACAUUGACAACAAUUGGCUAUGGAGACAAAACUCCUCUUACUUGGCUUGGAAGGCUGCUUUCUGCUGGGUUUGCUUUACUUGGAAUUUCUUUCUUUGCACUACCUGCUGGCAUUCUUGGCUCAGGCUUUGCAUUAAAAGUGCAAGAACAGCACCGUCAGAAACAUUUUGAGAAAAGAAGAAAUCCAGCUGCCAGUUUAAUUCAGUGUGUAUGGCGUAGUUAUGCGGCUGAUGAGAAAUCGGUUUCCAUUGCUACCUGGAAGCCUCAUUUGAAGGCCUUGCAUACCUGCAGCCCUACAAAGAAAGAACAAGGGGAAACUUCUAACAGUAAGCUUUGUAGUAAUAAACAGAAGCUCUUCAGGAUGUACAGCUCUCGGAAACAUAGCCAGAAGUUAAGUUUUAAAGAGCGGGUACGGAUGGCUAGCCCAAGAGGGCAGAGUAUUAAGAACAGGCAGGCAUCAGUUGGAGAUCGACGGUCACCAGGUACUGACGUUACUGCAGAGAGCAGCCCAACCAAAGUGCAAAAGAGCUGGAGCUUCAAUGACCGAACUCGUUUCAGACCUUCACUGCGUCUGAAGAGUUCUCAGCCAAAACCAGUGGCAGAUGCUGACACCACUCUUGGAACAGACGAUGUUUAUGAUGAGAGAGGAUGCCAAUGUGAUGUAUCAGUAGAAGAUCUCACGCCAGCACUUAAAACCAUCAUUAGAGCUAUCAGAAUCAUGAAAUUUCAUGUUGCAAAGAGAAAGUUUAAAGAGACAUUACGUCCAUAUGAUGUAAAAGAUGUAAUUGAACAGUAUUCAGCUGGUCACCUUGAUAUGUUGUGCAGAAUAAAAAGUCUUCAGUCCCGUGUUGACCAGAUUCUUGGAAAAGGACAAAUCACAACAGAUAAGAAAAGUCGAGAAAAGAAUACUGCAGAGAAUGAGACAACUGAUGACCUUAGUAUGUUAGGGCGUGUAGUCAAGGUGGAGAAGCAGGUACAAUCCAUAGAGUCAAAACUGGACAGCCUGUUAGAUAUUUAUCAACAGGUCUUAAGGAAAGGAUCUGCAUCAGCGCUCACUUUGGCUUCAUUUCAAAUGCCAUCUUUUGAAUGUGACCAGACCUCUGAUUAUCAAAGUCCUGUAGACAGCAAAGAUUUAUCUAGUUCUGCACAAACUAGUGGAUGUGUAUCCAGAUCAGCUAGUGCCAACAUGACUCGUGGCCUACAGCUUAUACUGACACCAAAUGAAUUUAGCACUCAGGCUUACUAUGCUUUUAGUCCAACUAUGCAUAGUCAAGCAACACAGGUGCCAAAUGAUGGACCUGCAACAGUAAUAACUAAUAAUACAUCAAACCAAAUAAACCAGGCAACUAAGCCAACAACACCAACAACGUUACAAAUACCACCUUUCUCCUCAGUCAAGCAUGCCAACUGGCCUGAGCCUCUUCAUAUUAUUCCUGCAACCACACAGGAAAAUAUUUCUGAUGUCACUGCUUGCCUUGUUGCUUUAAAGGAUAAUGGACAAGUUGCACAGUCCAAAGUGACAAAGGAUCUUUCCUGGAGAAAAAACCUUGAUACAGAAGGGGAACCCUUGGUCUCAGUUAAACCAGUAGUGCAAAUGGAUUUAGGAAAAUCUUUAUCUGUACAAAACCUUAUACAAUCAUCCGAAGAACUGAAUGUACAGAUUGCUGGGAAUGACUCCAGUGGCUCAAGAGGGAGCCAAGAAGUGUACUCCAAAUGGAGGGAGUCAAAAUUAUUUAUAACAGAUGAAGAAUUGGAAGCAGAGACAAAAACAGAGGCUUUUGAAAGCAUCUCUCGCUCAUUAGUGGAAACAGCUCUCUCUACUGACUCUCUAAGGACUGGAAUAUCAAGAUCAUCUCAAAGCAUUUGCAAGCCAGGGGACAGUUCAGAUGCACUCAGCUUGCCUCAUGUCAAACUUAAAUAACAAUUUAUGGGUUUUCUUCUUUGGCUGAGUAAUUCCUUUAGUCAUACAUAUCAUAGCAUGAACUCUUUUGAAAGCCUUUUUAAUAAGAUAAAAUUGCAAGAAUCAGGAAGAAUCUGAAAGGCAGUUGUAUGAGCCCAUAUCUUCUAGUUGCAUGACAAUGCAUGCUUAAGUGACAGCUAAAAUUCAGAUUUAUACCUAAUGUACAUCACUUUUAUGUAGUACAGUAGGUGUAAAUAAUGAGUAAUCUACAAAGUUAAUACUGCAGACUGUGUCAGAAAGCAAAGAUCUGAGCAUUUAGAAAUAGUGUUGUUUCUACAAUACAGAAGUAAAAAUCGUAAGAUUUAAAGCACUUUGCUUCUGGAUUAAUUACAAAUAUAUAUGUCCUGAAUUAGACAAUAGUUUAUGUUUACAAGAAAAAUAUUAUCUACAGCUGCUAGCAAGGUACCAAGGAAACUAGUAAUAUGGGACUAGAAAUGGCUGCUAGUUGCAAGAUAUACAAAUUAACUCAUCAUUAAUCAGUUAUUUUAACACUCUCAGCUUUAGAAUGUUAACUUCUGUAAUAUUUUUGGUGAUUUAGUGCUGUGGCAAAGGACUUUGCACACCACUUUCAGGUUGUUCUUUAUGAUAAGAACCUUCUUUUGCUAUGAAAUGUACAAAUUCAAAGGAUAAGAGCUGGCCUUAGAGAUGGAUAAUCUGGACUACUGCACCAAAAAUUCAGGGGCAGCUUUCCUUACCAAACUUGCUGGUAUCACUGAUGUGCCCUUCCCGUGGAUCUGAAGCAUUCUGGAAGCAGAAUCAACAGGAGAGGAAAGGGCGCUGCCGUUAUUGUAGAAGCAAUUCUUCUUUCUGCCCUGAAGGUGGCACUAUGCUUCACAAUUGCACCUUGAUACUCCGUGAUUCUGUGUCAGAAGUCUGUGAAGGAAGUGAAAGUGGUAACAUAUGGGGUAUUGAAAUCAGAGGGAAAAACAAAGGGGAUAAGGGAAGAGAGAGAGACUACAGAAGGGGUGAAGAGGAAAAAAAGAGAGAGAAUGUGAUAAGCAAAGGAGAAGGAGAAUAUGAAUUUGGAGAAGAAAAAAAGGGAUGGGGAAAAAAUGGAAAAUAACAGCAGGGAGGCAGGGACAGUGAAAAAGAUCUUUAAAAUCCCAGCCUGUUGGUCCCAGACAGCUAGUGUUUCUUCCAAAAAGCCAUGUCAGGAAUUAGGAAAUGGGAGAGGUAAUAGAGAAAAACAGCUGAAUUGUCCAAAUUGAAGAAUACUGAAUGUUUAAAAACGAGGGGUUGAGGAGGAGAGAGGGAAGGGGGGUCACAUUCUUAUUAGCUCUAUAAUGCCAUUUAACAAAGGUGCCAAGAAAGGACCCUCAGACUCCUUCCCCAUACCACCUCCCACCAAGUUUGGGGAUUCAAAACCUGCAGCAUAUUGAGCAUUCUCCCCGAGACCUCCUCUUGCUCUCAUAGCCUUUCUACAGUUCACUUCUGCAGAGGUGCAGUAGCAGAACUAGUGCCUACCUAUGGGUCCUUACCAGGGCUUUGCCAUGGAACCCUGUGGGAGCCUCCACCCUUUCCCACUGAACAAGAUUUCUAUUUGUUGCCUUCCCCCAAAUUGCAGCCUGCAUGUACCACGGACUCAUGGGCAGCCUGUUCUGGGCCUGGCCACCUCUAGCAACAAGAACUCCAAAUGUAUGGGAGUGCCAGUUCCAGCUCACUCAGAGCACUGUUUGAUCAAAGCCCAGCCCUGCUGAGGAUUUAUUAUACAUCAAAAAUGUCACAGCAGUCUUAAUCAUGGCUAAAUGCUGUAGAUUGUAUUGUGAAGGACUUGAACUGUUUACUAUGAAUCCAUUGUAAUUUCUGCCUCCAUAUUUCUUUUACAGAAAUAUUCGUGGAUGUUACAUGAUAACCUUAUUAUGUGAAAGUACAUGCAUACUGUAGAGUGUAUAUAUUGUGUCAGUGAUACAGGAUCUGUGGAUGAUAAGCUGCGUUCUAUGGCUUGUGCCAGAACAAAGCUCAGGUGGUAAAUUCUGAAAGAUGUCUUGAAGCACAAUUAGCUAUCACUGAUUUGCCAUCGCAUUCAACCUUUACUACAUUCUUUAUGUGCUGCCUGAUCAUAUUAAAGCCUAAUUGCGAAGAUAUUUUUGUGAUGAUAAAUAGGUUUUUCAACAUCUGAGAACAUUUAAAUAUUGACUUAUUUGAAUGUCUGCAGUUUGUCCAGCCAAAUCUGUAAAUUUAAAGUAUUGUACAAUAUCUAAAAAUGAUACAAUUUUUAGGAUUUUCUUUUCUUUUUUCCUAAUGUUUUAUGGUGCCUUUCUUGCAUUUAUAUAAAAUCUCAUAAUGUUCUAGAUGUAAAUCUGUACUUAGGUCUCAUGUAGGGGCAAGAGCUUGGGCACAGGACAGCUAACAGAUGUGUCAGUAAUUAGACUCGCCUCCCCUUUUUCAUUAAAUAUGAACACAACGGCAUCCUGAAUUGGGCCCUGAUCUUGCAACUGUAUCUGCUUGAGCAGACCUUUGCAUCCACAUUGAGUCUUACUGUGAAAUCAGCGAGGUUCCACAUGGGCACAGGCUCUGCCUGCACAGAUGCAGUUGCAGAAUCAGGAUUUUGGUUUUUACUGAUAAUGUAUCUCGCUGAACCUGGUAUUUUUGGCUUAAAUGACAUGCCUGAGUUUUCCUAAUUUUAAAUUAAUUUAUUUAAUACAAUUCUGUGCACAUAAAUGAAUUCUAUAAAUUAUAUAUGAAAAUGUAAAUGUCUUUACAAAGAUCGGA